AUGAAGACGAAUUUCAAGGUCAGUGGUGAUUUCGAUCCCGGGGAUUAUGCACAAUAUCCUCUCCAGUUCUCCAACCUCUUGGGGACGGUCUAUCGCAAAGGAAAUUUAGUCUUCACUCCUGAUGGCACUACUUUGCUGUCGCCAGUAGGCAAUCAGGUCUCAGUUUUUGACCUGGCCAACAACACGUCCCAUACUCUGCCGUUUGCGCAUCGCACCAAUAUUGACCGUCUGGAUCUCUCCCCACGAGGAAAUCUUCUGCUGUCCAUUGAUGAAAAUGGCCGGGCCAUCUUGACCCACUUGCAUCGCAGAAUUGUCAUCCACCACUUCUCCUUCAAAGGUCGCGUCUCCGCCCUCAAGUUCUCUCCGUCCGGCCGACAUUUCGCGGUAGCGGUGGAGAGGCGGUUACAGCUGUGGCAUACCCCAUCUGCGCCAGGGGCCGAUAAUAAUGGAGAGAUUGAAUUUGCACCGUUUGUCCUACAUCGGGAUCUCGCCGGACACUUCGAUACCAUCCAACAUAUUGAGUGGUCUAGCGACUCGCGCUUCUUACUUACGGCUUCCAAGGAUUUGACGGCCCGGGUAUGGAGUACAGACCCGGAGGAAGGAUUUGAGCCUACCACGUUAGCAGGCCACCGACAAGGUGUGAAGGCGGCAUAUUUUACUGCGGACCAAGAAGCGAUUUACACCGUCAGCCAGGAUGGGGCCCUCUUCAGGUGGGAAUACGUCGCGAAAAAGGACGCGGAUACGAUGGAGGAUAUUUCGGAAGCUCGUUGGAGGAUUGUUAAAAAAGACUUCUUCAUGCAGAAUGACGCGAAAGUAAACUGCGCCGCCUUCCAUGCGCCGACAAAUCUAUUGAUUGUGGGCUUCUCGAAUGGCCUGUUUGGUCUCUACGACUUGCCAGAAUUCAACAUGAUCCAUCUCCUUAGUGUGUCGCAGAGCAACAUUGACUAUGUGACCGUAAACAAAUCGGGCGAGUGGCUCGCCUUUGGCUCUUCCAAGCAUGGACAGUUACUGGUGUGGGAGUGGCAAUCGGAGUCUUACAUUCUGAAACAACAGGGUCACCUAGACUCAAUGAACUCUCUUGUUUACUCUCCCGAUGGCCAGAAAAUUGUCACCACCGCCGACGAUGGCAAGGUUAAGGUAUGGGACGUCAAGUCAGGCUUCUGUAUAGUGACAUUUACGGAGCACACCAGCGGUGUCACCGCGUGUCAAUUUGCCAAGAAGGGGAGCGUUUUGUUCACCGCAUCGCUGGACGGAUCUAUAAGGGCGUGGGACCUUAUUCGGUAUCGCAAUUUCCGAACGUUCACUGCGCCAUCCCGACUAUCUUUUUCGUCACUCGCUGUCGACCCUAGUGGUGAGGUGAUCUGCGCCGGUUCUCCUGACUCAUUUGACAUCCAUGUGUGGUCGGUACAGACAGGGCAAUUGCUUGAUCAACUGUCAGGUCAUGAAGGGCCUGUGUCUUCCCUUGACUUCGCUUCCGAUGGCAACCAUUUGGUCAGUGGCAGUUGGGACCACACUGUUCGUCUUUGGAGCAUUUUUGGAAGGACCCAGACCAGCGAGCCCUUGCAGCUUAUGUCUGAUAUCCUGAGCGUGGCAUUCCGACCAGAUGGAAAGCAAGUUGCUGCCUCGACAUUGGACGGUCAACUGACCUUCUGGUCGGUGUCUGAUGCUGUCCAAGAAGGCGGCGUGGAUGGACGUCGAGACAUAUCCGGAGGGCGCAAAGUGACCGACCGCCAGACUGCCGCAAACGCUGCCGGAACCAAGUUCUUCAACUGCAUAACCUACAGUGCCGAUGGUAGCUGCAUUUUGGCCGCAGGCAACAGCAAGUUCAUCUGUUUGUAUGACGUGACCACCGGCUCAAUGGUGAAGAAAUAUACAGUCUCCGUCAAUACGUCGCUUGAUGGCACUCAGGAGAUCCUCAACAGCCGCGAUUUGACCGAAGCCGGCCCACGGGGUAUCAUUGAUGAAACUGGCGAAGCAUCGGAUCAUGAAGCUCGCGUCGACCGCAGUCUCCCUGGCGCAAAACGUGGUGAUGCCGGGACCCGAACCACUCGGCCCGAAGUGCGUGUGACGUCGGUCGACUUCUCUCCUACUGGUCGCGCAUUCUGUGCAGCAUCCACGGAAGGCCUUCUCAUCUACAGCUUGGACACAGAAUUCCUCUUCGACCCGUAUGAUCUGGACAUUGACAUCACCCCCUCUACCAUCUUGGCCACUCUGGAAGGUGCCAAGAAGGCACACGCGGCAGGUACAGUAGACGAUGACAACACUUUUCUCAAGGCGUUGAUCAUGGCCUUCCGUCUCAACGAGGCCAAACUCAUCCACGCCGUUCAUGAAGGGGUCCCUCCGUCGGAUAUUGCCCUUCUCGUCCGCGCCGUCCCCACGGUCUACCUGCCUCGUUUGCUUCGCUUUAUAGCCCACGCUGCCGAGGACACCCCCCAUCUUGAAUUCAAUCUCCUCUGGAUCGAAGCACUCCUGAGUAGCCACGGCCGCUAUUUCAAAGACAACUCGGGCACCUUUGCAACGGAACUCCGUGCUGUCCAGCGGGCCCUCGACGACAUCCGUGAGAACUUGAAGCGGCUGGCAGAGAAGAAUUUCUACGACCUUAAUUAUCUCCUGACGACACCGGCGCUGGCUGAGAAGAUGAACAGCUCUGGGGCAAGCCUUAUGGCCAAUGUAAACGAUGACGUGAGCCCUGCUGCCAACGGAGUAACCGCGGAAGAGGAAGAAACCGAAUGGAUUGGCUUGGAAUGA